ACGCCGAAAAGCCUAAAACAGAAUCAGAGAGAAAAAACGGUUUCUCUCUCGAUGGAAGACGGAAAUAAACUCUACAGUCAUACGGUUUCUUCCUCGGGGGAAAAUCCUCAAUCAUUUUUUGAUGACUGAAAAUUCUCCAUUCAUUUCUAAAAAUUUGUCUGCUUCGUCCUUUUCCUGUUCGUGGCUUUCUUUUGUCCUGUUUGUUUAGAAUUAAUUGUAUUAUUAGGAUUUUUUUGAUUGUUCGACUGGGAGGAUCGAAAUGAGGAUUGAGAAGGAGGCCGAGGCUGUUUCAGCGUCCCGAAAUCAUCUGGUUUUCGCUUACUAUGUUACUGGUCAUGGAUUUGGCCACGCUACUCGCGUUAUUGAGGUUGUUCGACAUCUUAUACUUGCUGGGCACGAUGUUCAUGUGGUCAGCGGUGCUCCGGAGUUCGUUUUUACUUCGGCAAUUCAGUCUCCUCGGCUGUUCAUACGAAAGGUAUUGUUGGAUUGCGGAGCUGUUCAAGCAGAUGCACUGACAGUGGAUCGGUUGGCAUCAUUGGAGAAGUAUCAUGAGACAGCUGUGGUGCCUCGUGCUUCUAUUUUGGCAACCGAAGUAGAGUGGCUCAAUUCAAUCAAAGCUGACUUAGUGGUUUCAGAUGUUGUACCAGUUGCUUGUCGUGCUGCUGCUGAUGCUGGGAUUCGAUCUGUUUGUGUCACAAACUUUAGUUGGGAUUUUAUCUAUGCGGAGUAUGUGAUGGCGGCAGGGCAUCAUCACCGUUCUAUUGUCUGGCAGAUUGCAGAGGAUUAUUCACAUUGCGAGUUCCUGAUUCGCCUUCCCGGAUACUGCCCAAUGCCUGCUUUUCGCGACAUCGUUGAUGUACCUCUAGUUGUUAGAAGGCUUCAUAAGCAGCGCAAGGAGGUCAGAAAAGAGCUUGGAAUUGGAGAAGAUACAAAGUUAGUUAUCCUCAAUUUCGGGGGACAGCCUGCCGGCUGGAAGUUGAAAGAGGAAUACUUGCCCCCAGGCUGGCUGUGUCUGGUUUGCGGUGCUUCUGAAACUGAGGAAGUUCCACCAAAUUUCAUCAAACUUGCAAAAGAUGCAUAUACACCUGACCUAAUAGCUGCUUCUGAUUGUAUGCUUGGCAAAAUUGGAUAUGGAACUGUCAGUGAAGCAUUGGCAUUCAAAUUACCUUUUGUCUUUGUUCGUCGUGAUUAUUUUAACGAAGAGCCAUUCCUUAGGAAUAUGCUUGAGUAUUAUCAAAGUGGAGUUGAGAUGAUAAGAAGGGACCUACUCACAGGUCAUUGGAAACCAUAUCUCGAACGUGCAAUUAGUUUGAAACCUUGCUAUGAGGGUGGCACCAAUGGUGGUGAGGUUGCAGCUCAUAUCUUGCAGGAGACAGCCAGUGGCAAAAACUAUACAUCGGAUAAGUUUAGUGGAGCUAGAAGAUUGAGGGAUGCUAUAGUUCUUGGUUAUCAACUCCAAAGAGUCCCAGGACGAGAUCUAUGCAUCCCAGAUUGGUAUGCCAAUGCUGAAAGUGAACUUGGUCUUUCGUCACCACCAUUAUCUGUAGAAGGGAGGGGCUCUCACAUGGAAUCAUAUAUGGAAGACUUUGAUGUGCUUCAUGGAGAUGUUCAAGGUCUUUCUGAUACAAUGAGUUUCUUAAAGAACCUAGCUGAAUUGGACUCAGUAUAUGAUAAGGGAAACGCUGAGAAACGCCAAAUGCGAGAGCGGAAGGCUGCUGCUGGGCUUUUUAAUUGGGAGGAAGAUAUUUUUGUGACGAGAGCUCCAGGAAGAUUGGAUGUCAUGGGAGGCAUUGCUGACUACUCAGGAAGUCUUGUUCUUCAGAUGCCUAUAAGAGAAGCAUGCCAUGUAGCUGUGCAAAGAAACCAUCCGACUAAGCACCGCCUCUGGAAACACGCUCAGGCUCGACAGAACGCCAAAGGAGAAGGGUCCAAACCUGUUCUUCAAAUUGUGUCGUAUGGGUCUGAGUUGAGUAACCGUGCCCCGACGUUCGACAUGGAUUUGUCGGACUUCAUGGAUGGGGAUAAGUCAAUGUCGUAUGAGAAAGCAAGGAAAUAUUUUGCUCAAGAUCCUGCACAGAAAUGGGCAGCAUACAUUGCAGGCACCAUAUUGGUUUUAAUGAAAGAGUUGGGUGUUCGUUUUGAAGAUAGCAUCAGCUUGCUGGUUUCGUCGUCAGUCCCCGAAGGGAAGGGUGUAUCGUCAUCGGCGUCGGUGGAGGUUGCUUCAAUGUCUGCCAUAGCUGCUGCUCAUGGAUUAAGUAUCAGUCCAAGGGAUCUGGCGCUCCUUUGUCAAAAGGUGGAGAAUCACAUAGUUGGAGCACCGUGUGGAGUGAUGGACCAGAUGACAUCCGCGUGUGGUGAAGCUGAUAAACUGCUAGCAAUGGUGUGUCAGCCUGCGGAGGUGAUUGGGCUGGUUGAUAUACCUCGUCACAUUCGAUUUUGGGGAAUCGAUUCAGGAAUUCGACACAGCGUUGGUGGGGCGGACUAUGGGUCAGUUAGAAUUGGAGCAUUCAUGGGGCGGAGAAUGAUAAAGUCGAGAGCAUUGGAGUUGUUAUCAAACUGCUCAUCACCGGCCAAUUGCAUAAGCCAGGAUGACUUGGAGGAUGACGGCAUUGAAUUACUGGAAACCGAAUCCUCCUUAGAUUAUCUAUGCAAUCUCCCGCCUCACCGCUAUGAAGCCAUGUACGUCAAGCAGCUGCCAGAGACGAUAACAGGGGAGGCUUUUGUUGAGAAAUAUUCGGAUCAUAACGAUGCUGUUACGGUGAUCGAUCCAAAGAGGGUUUAUGGAGUCAGGGCCUCUGCUCGUCAUCCUAUCUAUGAGAAUUUCCGUGUCAAGGCCUUCAAAGCGCUGCUCACAUCUGCCACUUCUGACGACCAACUCACAUCUCUUGGAGAAUUGCUGUAUCAGUGCCAUUAUAGUUACAGUGCGUGUGGACUGGGUUCGGAUGGGACGGACAGGCUCGUCCAAUUGGUUCAAGACAUGCAGCACUCGAAGGUAUCCAAAUCCGAAGAUGGGACAUUGUAUGGAGCAAAGAUUACCGGUGGGGGCUCCGGUGGAACCGUCUGCGUAAUGGGUCGAAACUCCUUAAGCAGCAGCCACCAAAUCAUCGAGAUACAGCAAAGAUACAAAGGAGCAACAGGGUUCUUGCCAUAUGUGUUUGAUGGUUCUUCCCCUGGUGCUGGUAAAUUUGGAUACCUCAAAAUUCGAAGGCGCUUAUCAUCCCUCAAAGCUAAAGAGCAAUAGCAAGAACAUCAUUCAUACACUUUCUUGAGAUAUAAUAAGGUAUACUACCUCACAAAUACGAGUGGUGAGGAGGAUUCGAACUUAUAUCGACUUACUUUCAUUCAUCGCUAUUUAUUUGUGGAAUAAAAUAAUUUAAUAAUUUUUCUUUUAAGGCUUCCAUGA